UCAGGGUGGUGUGUGCCCUGUUUAGCAUCACUCGAGAUUCUCCAGGAACUGUGUCGAGUCGAGAAACUGACCUGCCCUGCCCUUGGAAUUGACAAAAGAAAUCUUGAAGAGUAUGAAGUGGAGUAUCUGUGUGGGUACAAGAAAGUAAAGAGUAAAGAGUACUAUCUGGUGAAGUGGAAAGGAUGGCCUGAAUCGACAAACACCUGGGAACCAAGGAAGAAUCUCCGAUGUGUUGGACUGGUGAAGCAGUAUCACGAUGAUAGGAGCAAAUUCUUGGAGAAAGUGAAAGCAGCAAAGAGACUGAAGUUGAACAACUGCAAAGAUUACAAAUCUGCAGUGGAGGAGUAUAUUAUCAGGAAAUCCAAACAAAGAUUAGCGCUCAAAAGAUGGGAAGAGGAGCUGAACAGAAAGAAGAACCAUCGAGGUAAAAUUCUGGUGGAAAAUGAAGUGGACUUUGAGCCUCCCCCUAUGGACUUCCAUUACAUUAAUCAGUACAAACCAUCUCGUGGAAUCAAUCUGAACAGUGAUCCUUUGGUUGGCUGUGAGUGUUUAAACUGUUUGGAGGAGAAAUGUUGCCCAGAGGAAGCAGGGGCGACAUUUGCUUAUAAUGCACGAAGGCAGCUAAAGAUUGCACCAGGCAAGCCCAUUUUUGAAUGCAAUUCUUGCUGCAGUUGUGGUUCUCAAUGUCCAAACAGAGUGGUACAGAAUGGGACGCUAUAUGACCUCUGCAUCUUCAGAACUUCAGAUGGAAGAGGUUGGGGCAUAAAAACCCUCCAAAAUAUUAAGAAGAAUUGUUUUGUAAUGGAAUAUGUUGGAGAGGUAAUCACUAGCGAAGAAGCAGAAAGACGAGGGAAAUAUUACGACAGUAAAGGCAUCACGUACUUGUUUGACCUGGAUUACGUGGAGGAUGAGUACACUGUAGAUGCUGCAAGAUUUGGAAAUAUUUCGCACUUUGUGAAUCACAGUUGUGAUCCCAAUCUUCAAGUUUACAAUGUUUUUAUCGAUAGUUUGGAUACUCGCUUCCCAAGGAUUGCACUAUUCUCAACACGUUCUAUAAAAGCUGGGGAAGAACUUACCUUUGACUAUCAGAUGAAAGGUUCGGGUGAUGUAUCCAUUACUGAAACCUCUGAAGUAAACAGCCCACCCAAAAGGCAGCCCAGGAUGGAAUGCAAGUGUGGAUCCCUAUCCUGCAGAGGAUAUAUGAACUGAUAUAGUCGCAAAGAAGAAAAUUGUGUCUUUUUUUGUUUUUAGGUAGAAAUGUGUUUUUUUUCCCUCUUAUCCUGAUUCCAUCAAAGCUUUUGGGUGAUGACCCUUGGGAAAGUUGAAAUAAGCAGCAGCUAUGUGGUGACCUUGUUGCUACUUACACUUGGUGGAGAUGCAGAUCUGUGGGACAGCUUCCCUGGGAGAAAUAAUUGUUUGCCUUUUGCAUCAAAUCAUUGAUACUAUUUGUAACCUGGAUACAAGUGGUCACUGACCAACACUGUUACAAUGCUCUUAGUGCAGCACACCCUGUUUUAGCAGAGCACUCUCUACCCAUUUCAUUUUUUUAAAAGGAUAAUUUGAUUCAGAAAUGUCCUCCCACCUUUCUCCAGAGGAUUUAUUCUUUGGGUUUCAAUUGAGUGAAUUUAGCUCUUGUUCGGACAUGUAUUCUAUAUUCCAGAUGUAUCAGCUAAGAUUCUCCACAUUUCCCUCCUGUACAUAGUGAAGCUAAUAUCCUCUGAAGUGGCUUCAGUGUAAUGUUUGUGCUACAAUGAAUGACAAAUCUAUUGAGAUCAAAGAUGUGUUGAUUAUGCCUAGUUAUUUAGUAACUUGUAUUAAGGAGAGUGAGCAUUUCAGACUCAAAGUAAGCAACGAGAGUGUGUACAUUUUGGAUGAAGGAUAGCCAUAAUAAUGGGAUAAUUUACAUUAAUAACUUGUAAGGUUACAGCCCAAAAUUAAGCAAGACCAAGUCCUUUAUGAUCUUUUUGAGAGCUUGUUUUAAAUGUGUAUUUUGAGGUUGUCUCAUCUUAAACCUUUAACAGUACCUUUAUGGAUAUUUGAAUAUUUUCUGCUAAACAUUCGGGCACUAUUAAACAUUAGUCAUAAAAUCCCUGAGAGUGGUAGGCAGUCAGAAACAUAAACAAACAGCGUUAGAGAAACUUCAGGCAGACAGCAUCUGUGGAGAAGAGAUGUGUUAUAGUUUUGAGGCCAGUGUGACUCUGGAACCCUUCUUAUUUUAAUACAGUUGUAGAUUUCCUUUUAAGAAAAUGGACCUAUUAUUUGAGCAGUGAUCACAGCUGGUGUUACUUUCUUUUCCCAGCUCAUGUUUCUGUGCUGCCUCUAAGGUUUAGUAUUCUAAAUACAAUUUAGGAAAAAUCUGCAAAGGUACUGUCACUUUGGUGAGAUUUCAUCCAAAGAUUUUGAAAUGAGUGUCUUUAGAGGUUUUUUUAUUGUGCUUUUUUUUUAAACAUGCUUUAAGUCAUAACUAUUGCGCUUGGGGGAGUGCUCUCCUUAAAACAGUAAUAAUAUUAAGUUUGCUGCUUGAAUUUGAUUAAAACAUGGAACAUCAAAGAGGCAUUAUAUUGUGAGCAGAUAAAAGCAAGUUCCAGAUUCAGUUUGAGUGACAACCCGAGUGACAAUUGUUUAAAAAUUCCAGCCAGAAAUUUAUAAGUCCUUGUUCUUGGUGUAAGCUCAGCAGCAGUCCUAUUGGUGAUGAAACAGUGAUUCACAGUAAUCUAGCUAUAGUAUAGUCCAAGGUAUGCAGUGAAGGCAACUGAGUGUGGUGUGAGAAUGCAAGUUUAAAGGUGGCUUCAGUCAAUGCAGUUCAACUUUUUUAACCUGAUUUUUAAAAUGGAACUCUAAUUUGCUCAGUCAUCACUCAGUGGGAUGGGUAAAGUUGUUUCCCCGAUUCCCAUUAAGCAGUGGUAAUUGUGCUCAGUAAUGCUGCAUCACUUACAUCAGAUAUGAGCUGAAUGAAGUUUGAGGUGUUAUUAAAGCAGUUCUUCAGUGCACACAAGAUAUACUGCACUUCAGCCCAAAUGAACAGUCACCCCUUUGAACUGAAAGCUGCUCGAGUGUCGUGUUUUGGUGCAAUGAUGCAACAUUUUAAAAUCAAUCUACUUGUUAAAUUAAAGAGUUUUUUUAUUAAAAGGUGGAGACUCCUAUUUAACAAAAGGGGAAAUUGGUGGAUGACCCUAUGGCUUUAGGCUAUCAAGAAAAUAAAGUUGAAAUUGAUAUAUUUUUCUUUACUUUUGUAGGAUUGUUUCAAGUCUUGUAUACCUCUUUGUACUGAGCUGUGAAUUGAAAACUGGUGCUGUAUGACAUGUUUGCUCAAAGAAUGAAUAAAUGUCAAUGUUUCAACUUGA